AUGGCGAAAAUCACGGUCCUGCCGGACAGUGAGAGCUUGGGAAUUGUGGAUGUGCAGCAGCUCAUGGAAGAUCGUGGGCCUCUGCCACCCAUCGAUCCACAGACACGGGCACCGACAGGACUGCGAAGCUUGGUCGUGAGUGAGGACCCUCGAAUAGUGGCAGUACCGCAAUUUCUGAGCCCUGAGGAGUGCCAGCACCUCUGUGAUCUCGCCGAGGGCGGCUGGAUCCGCUCUCUGGUCGGCAAAUACUCAGACGCGAAGGCAGAGACCGUGGAGUCGGCAGCUGCCCAGACUCGAACAUCCAGCUCCUGUCCUUUGCGUCCGGCGCAGACUGCAAUCGUCCAGCGCAUCGAGCACCGCCUUGCGCAGCUGGCGAAGCUGCCCAUCGAGACGCUCGAGCGGCUGGUUGUUCUGCGGUACGAGCCCGGCCAGGAGUUCACUCUUCACCAUGAUGGAAAGUUUCGGCCGAUCACGAUUUUCUUGUACCUGAACGAACUCCCCGCCGAUGCUGCAGGGGGAGACACGCACUUCCCACACCUCGGCUUCAGCUUCGUGCCCCGGAGAGGCUGUGCUGUGAUGUGGCCCAAUGCGCAGGCAGACGGCGCUGAGGACAGCCGCAUGGUCCAUGCAGGGCGGCCACCAAGCACUGGUGUGAAGUACGGUGUCAACUGCUUCUUCAACUUGGCCACCAAGCGGCUUGUACGUCCUGGCGACCUCAACAUGUCGUCUGAGGAAUGCUACGUGGUCAACAUCGCCAGCUUGGAAGAAGGGAAGAAAGAAAAUGGAGAGGAUCGGUCCUGCCCCAGAAGAAGGACCUUCACGCUGGACACCGAUCCCAACGUGCGGGUUGUUCCAGGGUUCCUCACGCAGGAUGAGGCCGAACAUUUCGCUUCCCUGGCGCCAGACGACCUUGGCAGCGGAGCAAGUGAUGUCGGCUUCCCCGGUGCAGCAGUCCUGCUGCAGACGCUCGUGGAGCCUGUUGCCCCAACAGCGCGGCAGAUUGAGGAGCGACUCACGAACUGGAAUGAGUUCGCCCCUGAAAAUCUCGGGUACUUAAGGCUCGUUCGUGCCAACACCCAGAUUGGAAUGGGCAAUCGAGGUUGCGGGCAGAGGUCGGCCACUAUAUGCCUCUCGGAGAAGGCCGAUGUGCAUUUCCCACACAUCGGAGUUCGCGUUGCCAUGAGCAGGGGAGACCUUCUGGAGUGGCCCAACGCUUGGUUCCAAGAGGAAGCAGCUUCCGAUCCAAAAGAGAAGGUGACUGUCGAGGACCUACGAACCACGCAUGUGCACCUGGCUCCUGCCCUGAUGCUCGAUGCCAGCUUCCAUGACAAGCCGGUCCGCACAGCUGAGGGGGAAAAGGACAGCCGACGUAGAGUCGCAGAGUUCUUGAACGGCCUGGAAGCCAUGUGGAAGCGAUGCCUUGCAGCAAUGGGACUUGCUACGGUGGGUGUGCACGGACAGUUCUCUGUCAGUGACAAAGUCUACACUCACACCUGGCUGACCAAAACAGCUUUGCCUUCCAAGCGCAGUGACCUCACUGCGACAACAGUGGGGGAAUCCAUUUACCUCAUAGGCGGCUGUGCCAACGAUCAAGAGUGGGCCGACAAUUCCGGCAUGUACUUGUGCACCGGGAUCUCCAAGGCAACCGAGAAGUACACGCCUGCGACCGACAGCUACGAGACAUUGGCAGAGGCACCUCGAAGCCGAUAUCGUCAUGCAGCUGCAGCAGUUGGCGGCCGAAUCUACUUAUUUGGUGGCUGUGCCAUUGAUGACAGCAUCAUUACAGACAUCGAUGUUCUGGACACCACCACCGGCAGAUGGUCGACGGCAGGAAACUGGCCAAAUGCUACUUCGGAUUUGUCUGCCUUUGCACACGACGGUAAGAUCUAUGUGCUCGGAGGAUACAAUCGCCCGGAUUAUCUCGCUAUGACCACCGUGAUGGUCUUCGACCCGUCGCAAUCAGGCAGCGCAGCUUGGUCCGAGGCUCCUUCUCUGCUCCAGGGCCGUGGAGAUGCGGCGGCAGCGAUCUCAGGUGAGGUGGCCUUCGCCUUGGGUGGUUUCCACCAUGGCAACUGGUCCUACCCGAUGGAUCACUUGGAGGUGCUCUUCUUGAACAACGUGGAAGGUGGCUGGAAGGAGCGCACGACUAUGGAUGUAGCACGUGGGGAUAAGGCCGCCGCUGUGCUGAAUGGCAUGCUUCACAUCGUCGGCGGCGAGUCCAAAAAUCCGGCUGAGCAGUCGGUCGCGCUGAUGGACGUGGAGGUGUAUGACACAGUUACUGACAGCUGGUACGAUGGAGGCAGCAUCCCAUCACACCGGUUCCGGUUUGUUGCCGCAGCACUUGGCGAUUCAAUUUACAUCUUUGGUGGGCAAGGCUCACUCAUGGGUUCCUAUGGCAUGGUGGGCAGCAAGUACCCUGUCCUGGACACGGUGGAACAGUACAGGGAAACAGUGGCCCCAGCGUCCGUAAGCGUAGCAUCACCGAUCAGAGCUACUAUUCUGGGAUUGUUUUCAACCCUGUUGGCAUGCUUGGGGCAAUGA